CCCCGAAGACGAAUGUAAAUUUUAAUUAAAAUCAAUUAGGCGCACACCCAAAAACACGCACCAAUCCAAUCCAUCCGUAUGCCUCUUUAGAGAGCUCCCAUAUAGCACAAAACUCUACGUUGGACGAAAUUCCGCGCUUAACCUGUUCAGUCGGUGGUCGUGGUCGUGACGGUGGUGCAACCAAUGGACAUAAUUGGUCUAAUUGGACAGAGCAGCAGCAGCAUCGGAGCACCCCCAGUUACAAUAGGAUGGCACAAUUUACACUCUACAACAAACAUAAUGCGCCGCCCAGCAACGACAUUACACGCGUCGACUGCGAUCAUGUGCCCCUAUGCUCCGCCAACGACGUACAGCUAAGAUUCCUGGUGCCCGAUGACCUGACUGAGGUGCGGCAACUAUGCCAAGAAUGGUUUCCAAUCGACUAUCCACUCUCAUGGUAUGAGGAUAUUACCUCAAGCACGCGCUUCUUUGCGCUGGCAGCUGUAUAUAAUCUGGCCAUAAUUGGUUUAAUUGUUGCCGAAAUCAAACCGUAUCGAAAUGUCAAUAAGGAGGUAAUAGCCAAUAUGAGUGAUAGUGAUGAAUUGUACACCAGGCUGAGCGGUUUUCCAAUGCAGGACAAGGGCAUAUUGCCCGACUCGAUGGGUCGGACCGCGGACGUGGGCUACAUUUUGUCCCUGGGCGUGCAUCGGUCGCAUCGACGCAAUGGGAUUGGCUCGCUGCUGCUGGAUGCCCUAAUGAACCACCUGACGACGGUCGAACGGCACUCGGUGAAGGCAAUCUUCCUGCACACGCUGACCACUAACCAACCUGCCAUAUUUUUCUAUGAAAAGCGAAGAUUCACGCUACACUCGUUCCUGCCCUACUACUACAACAUACGGGGCAAGGGCAAGGACGGCUUCACCUACGUGAACUACAUAAACGGAGGCCAUCCACCUUGGACACUACUAGAUCACAUCAAGCACUACGCCACCAAGGUGCGUCACACCAGCACCCUCUGUGUGUGGAUGGCUUCCCGUGUGCAGCAGGUGGUGCGUUGGUUCUACCACAAGCUGCUGAUGCGAUUUAACUUCAUUGAAUGAGGCAAGACAGGACCAAGGACUGACUGCAACGCGACUGGACAACCACAAAAGGCAUUCUUCCGCGUCACAAACAAAACAAACACUUUCAAUUCUAAUUCUGCGUCAGCAUAAUCGGGCAUAGCAUUCAUUAUGUUAUGUCAUUCUGCUGAGCAUGUUGAGCAUAUAUACACAUAUAUAAUUGCACACAAUCGCACACACCCACACACACACACACACCGCCCCCAUACAAUACAAUACACCUUCAUUAUAAAUGUUAGGCAAUAUGCAGGUAUGCAGAUCAUUUCGUUUUUAUACAAAAUAGAAUAACAAAAAAGAGAGAAGAACUAAAAAACAACUAGAGAAAGGAGCAUAAGUUGAAAGAUGUAAAGAUAAUUUUAUAUGUGUAUUAUUACGUUUUAAAUGAUAUUUGUUCAAUGCUGUAAAUAGUCUUAUAAUGUUUAAAUGCUGCUGUAACCGUUUGCCCAUGGCGCGCAAGUGAUUUUGAUACUUUCUGUUUUGGACAUAUUCCAUAUACUAUUUAAUGUGUGUAUGUAUGUUUCUUUGUACGUUUUACUAUUAUUUUUUUUUAUUUUUGGUUAGUUCCACGCACAAGACAGUCAUUUAGUUUAGCGAAAACCAACAACAAAGAUGCUCAUGCUUUAAUGCUUAAAUUAUGGAAUCUGCACGAAAAUAGCUUUGAACUGAGAACGAGAAGCGAAUACUUUAUAUGUAGCAUCCAAUCAUAAAACAACCCAACAACAACACAAAACCUAUCAAAACUCUGUUCGCUGUUUCUAUAGUAUUUUGUAAAAGUAUUUUAAUGCAACUUGUUUCGCAGCUAAUACAUAUUAUUUUAGGCACAAUUUAUUUAGCAAAUUGUAAUAUUUUUA